GCUAGUCGGUGUUUGGCGGUCGCGCGGUUCACAUCGACGCGGGAAACCGGAAAGAAGCGUGUGUCCGUUUGCCUAGUUUGAAUUUCAAAUUCUCAAAAAAAAAACAGCUUGUUUUUUUCGGUCGCAUCUAAGUCUAAAAGUUCUCCCGUUAGUGCGUGGCAUUUACUUCAAAUUGAAUUACAGAUGACUUAUUGAUCAUUGAGAAGGAAACAACGAAAACAGUCCAUUAAAAGGAAGAGUGAAAACCAACAAAUCAAGUGCUCGCUGUUUGAAGGUCGUUUUGAACUUGCUAAAACCGUUGAAACACCAAAAAAUACCAAACAAAAAAAAGUGGCGCUGAAUGGAUUUCGUUAUUGAUUAAAGAGCAACCUUCCUCUGGAUGCCUGCUGUGCCGAACCGUUGGUAGAACCUGUUGAAGCAGAAGCCGCCCCCGUCCCGUGCAUCACCGGAAGUGCCCACGUUGACGACGAUGGUGUUCCGUGUGAUUUCGUAACGCAGUGUGCCACUGGCAGCGUGUCACAACCGGCCAUGACUGAAUGCUGCGGGGGAGGCACCCCGGCAGCAGCAGCGCUACCAAGGCAGCGGUCACAAGGUAACAUGCCACAGCAGAACUGCUACAACUGUUCCUGCGGGCGGCCGGAUUGCGCUCCGGUUAAGAAGGUGCGCUACGUUCAACCAGCGAGGCGCCAGCCCUGCAAGCCGGUCUCGUGCUACAAACCACCGGAAGUCGAAUUUCAAGGUGAUUCCGUGUAUAAAACAUCGUUCAAUGCCGACCCGGCGACGAUCGUGUGUAAUGCGCGCCCACUACCGAUACCGCCGCGGAACAAUCUGGCGAUGGCACCCGGAUGUCUGGAGCAGAAUACCGUUACCUCGCUUUCUUACCCUGGGUACAACAAUGUGGAACGUCAGAAACCAAUUCUGCCCACCGGCAACCAAAUGAUUGCACCCGGCCCUAUUCAAGAGGUAACCACAACGAGGCAUGACUAUGUCGCUAAAACAACUCCAAAGCGUUCCAAGAUCAUUCCCGAGGGCCACAUCCGCAGUGCCAGCGCUCCGUUUGAGAAGCAAACUGUGAACAAACUGUCGUACGGCAGUCCCGACAUGGUUCACUUCACGCCGGCAAAGUCCUGUAAACCUAUCCGACACUAUACAAGAUCAGAAGUACCGAUGGACUCCGAGACAACAGCCAAACUCAGCUACCCUCCAGUGUGUCCGGCACCUAAAGAAGAUCAUCCGUGGGCGAAACGGGCUGGCUAUCAACCACCUUGCAUACCAAUGGAGCACGACACGACAUACAAUAAAAGCUUUAUGACCAGCUGUGGCGCAGAGCGCCCGAAAAUGAUUCCGCCUUUCAAUAACUUACAUGUACCUGCUGAUUCCGGGUUUGAAUCAAAGACAGUCUACAAAGAAAGUUACCAUAGCGCAUGUGGCGAACGACCGCCAGCGAUCCGCCCUGUCGAACAACUGCGGAUACCGCAUUCAAAGCUGGAAGAUGACACCGUUUACAAGUUAUCCUUCCCUACGUACUGCAAUACGGAGCGUCCUGCACCGAUUAUGCCUAGACCUGCACCGCUGAUCGGGGACGGGCCGAUCCAGGAGAUAACCACUACCCGGCACGACUACAGCUGCAAGAGUGGUACCAAGCGUGAACCGAUCGUGCCGCAGAAUCUGCUGCACAUCCCCCAGGGUAGGCUGGAAAGCAACACCGUCAAUCGGUUGUCCUAUCCGGCCAACAAGGAAAACGUUCAGCCGCCAAAGUCGUGCAAGCCGAUUCUGUCGUACAAGCGGCCUGAAAUUCCGAUGGAGAGCGAAACCACAAACAAGUUGAGCUACAUGCCGGUUUGUCCAGCGCCAAAAGAAUCCUACCCGUGGGCCCAGCGAGCUCGCUAUCAGCCACCUCCACUGCCAAUGGAAUCGGACACGACGGCCAAACUGAGCUAUCCUCCGCCCGGUGAGUUUGUGGACGAGUCCUGUGGUUCCGGACCCAGCAGCGGUCCCUGCUGUCAAUCGUGCAAUCCAUCCAUCGUCAACUGCUGUGCGAACCUGGUCUCGGAUGGUGGCUGCUAUCCUCGGGCAGCGAUCGUAAGCUAAUUCGCCGGGUGCGGCGGUUUAGAAAGCAAACUGGGUCAGGUCAUAAGCUACUACCUAUUACCAACAACAUGUACGUACUAUGUGUAGAAUGGAAAAACUGUAAUUAGCAGCAGCAUACCAAAUUUUGUACCAUAUAGAUUGAAGGAACAAAUUCUUCAUGUAGGAUAUCAUAUUUAUUGAAACUUUAUCUGUGUAGUUUAUAUUUUACGUUAUCGGUUUAGCGAAAAUUAUACGUCCCUAUGAUAAGACCAAAACAAGAUGCCUUACUAUGUGUUCCCGA